CCGUCCUACGUGACGUGAACGCCGCAUUGCCGUACACAUCCAGCCGCUGGUGUCACUCAACGCUGGCAGAGACCACACACUACUCAUGUCUCUCCCAACUUAACAGGUUUAAACUGCCUUAAAGGUGAAGGAUUAUCCAAAAGUCCCCAGUCUUCUAAAUAAGCUUGGACUUCUGAUGGUCAAAGAUGGAGGAAGAGGACAGCCAGGAUGAGCUGAUCAACAAGAACCAGGCUCAUGGCAAGAGGAAGAGGCCCACUGUGUGGGACAUCUCUGAUGGCUCUGACCAAGCCGAGGACCACUCUGGGGAGGAAGAGGAGGGUGAUUCUGAGAGCGGAGAAGGGGAUGACCUCCUUGAUGGGGAAGAGGAGGAGGAAGAUGAGGAAGACAGUGAUGACGACGAUGAAGAAGAAGAGGAUGACGACGACGACGACGGCAAGCCCGCCGAAGGCGCGGUUGCCGGCACUUCCGCCGACCUGGACGGGAUGAGUUCCGACGAGGACGCCGAGAAGUGUCCCAUCUGUCUGAACUCGUUUGGCAGCCAGCCAGUGGCCACGCCCGAGAGCUGCCAGCAUUACUUCUGCCUGGACUGCAUCCUGCUGUGGUCCAAGAACGCAAACUCCUGUCCUGUGGACCGUAUUGUGUUUGGUAGCAUCUACCUGCGGAAAUGUUACGGAGGAAAAGUUCAGAAGAUGAUCAUGGUGGAGAAGCCGGUGAAGGAGGGCAUGGAGGAGGUGGUGAACCUGGAGCUGGAGCAGGUCACCUGUGAGGUGUGUCAGGGGAGCGACCGUGAGGACCGCCUGCUGCUGUGUGACGGCUGCGAUGCUGGCUACCACAUGGAGUGCCUGACCCCCCCGAUCGAUGCCGUCCCGGUGGAGGAAUGGUUUUGCCCCGAGUGCGAGGCCAACAACCGCAACUCAAGGCUCCCCGACGAGGAGCUUAGCGAGGCGGAGAGUCUCCCGGCCCGCGCCCGGUCCUCCUCCAUGCGCAGCCCCCGUGGCUCCGCCGGCCCGGGGCUGACCCGCGCCAUCGCCCGCACCCAGCAGAGCGAGCGGGUCCGGGCCAACGUCAACCGCCACCGUAUCACCCAGGCACGCACCGCGCAGCUGGCUCCUACGUACAUGAUGCAGACCACCUGGCUGGACGACACCAUCAACGCGGUGGUGGCGGGCCUCAACACGGCCGUCUACAUCCGGGACCUCAGCUGGCGCCCGGCCGCGGGUCGGCGACCCAAGCGUAGAAAAGCCAGGAAGGUGUCGUCCACCAAGGGGCAGAGUGGCAAGGCCGGCACCACCGGGGUCAGGAGGAGGCGGAGGAAAGUGAGGAGGAAGUCCAGGAGGAAGCAGGUGACGAAGACCCCAGCCUCGUCCCGUAGCCGCAUCGCCAAGAGCCUGGGGAUCGCACGGCCCAAGGCGGGCUCGACGCUGCCCUCGGUGGUCCGGCCGUCGGAGCACACGCUGGGCAACAUGCGGGCCGACAUCGGCGCCGCGUCGCUCUCCGUCUACGGAGACCCCGCCGACCUGGACGGAGACGUGGACGGGGCUGAGGAGGAAGAGCCGCAUACCCAGGUCACGUCUCUGCUGGAGGCCAAGCGACGAGGCAUCUCCCACUCCGCUCUGCGCUCCCACCAGCCGGUCGCUCGGCCAAUCACCACCGGCCUGUCCAGACGGGGCGGGGCCAUGCCCAUGUCGUCGCGUGCGUUACCGAGGCUGGCCCCUGUGCCGGACCUGCUGGGCAGCAUCCUAUCAGGACAGAGUAUGCUCUUGAUGGACAGCUCUGCUGUGGUCAUCAACCGGGACGGCACUCUCAAGGCUCUGCCGCCAGCUCCCCUGCUUGCCCUCAGCCCCCCAGGCCCAUCCGCCCCACAGCCUGCCUGCUUCCACACUCGCACCCGCCCGCCCUCGGUCACCCCCGCUUACCGCCGGCUCCCCCCCCAUCCCCACAGGACACGGCCCAUCCGCCUCUUCCGGCCCCCGGGGGACCGACGGAGCGCACCCCACCAAAGGAAUAGCGUGAGCGAGGCCAAAAAGGCCCCCACCAAGGCGGUUUGGGAGGACGUGUCCGGGCUCCCCAGGAUCCCCAAGAUAAAGCGGAGGGGCAGUGGGGGUGCUGGGAGGGACGCUGGGAACGCCGGGAACGCCCAGAGUAGAACAGCAGCAACGGCAGUAGCAGCAGCAGUAGCAACGGCAGUCGUGUCGAACGGUAGCAGGGACAGAAGCAGCAGCAGCAGCGGCGGGUACUGUUGUUGCGAGGGGGCAGCGGUGCCUGCCGUUGUUGCCAGGGGCGGCGGUGCUGCCGUUGCGAGGGGCGGCGGUGCCAUUGUUGUGUGGGGCGGCGGUACCGUUGCCAGGGGCUGGCGGUACCGUUGCCAGGCGGCGGCGGUUGCCGUUGCCAGGGGCGACGGUCGUCGUGGCGACAGCGGGAGGGGUAUCCACAAGUCUGGCCGGGGACACGGGCGGCAGGCAGCAGGGCGUGGACCAGACCCGAGGCCGGCACCAGGGACAUUCCCAGAGGCAGGGCGUGGCCGAGAGAGCGGGGCCUUCGUCUGGCUUCUCCAACUCCUUCUGCCCCUCCUCUUCCUCCGCUCUCUGUCCGGCCAGCCCGCUGCCGCCUCGUCCUCCUCCUCCUCCUCGUCCUCCUCCUCGUCUUCCGCCGCUCCAUCGACAUCAGCAUCGUCCUCAUCGUAUUCCUCGGCGGGAGUGAGUUUCCGCAUCGCCAACAGCGGGAACUCGUGGCGUGCGCAGCGUCUGAGCGGCGCAGGCGGCGGCAGGCGGCGGCAGCCCGGUCCCGGGAUAGCGGCGGCCAGCAGGACAGCUCCGAGGUGGAGGAAGAGGAAGCGAGGAGACGGCAGCAGCAGCAGCAGCAGCAGCAGCGGCGUACACAGGACCGCCGGGACAAGCAGAAGCUGGUGGCCUCGCGGGCCCCACUUAAACAGGAAGAGGAGGUGGAGGACAUCUACGACCCCUAGUGAGCCGUCGGACCGCCGGAUCCCGACGCUCCGGGACCAGGCGUUGCAUCGCUCCACUUCACCGCUACGGAACGCCGUUCCCGUUAAGAGCGAGGCGGCGCAUCGGACCCGUCGCCGUCUCGGAGCAGCGUUCCCGUUAAGAGAGAGGCAUCGGAGCGCCGGGAUCACAGAGUCGGAGGCCAGGACGGCGGGGGAGACCCGCAGCCCGCUCCGGGUCUCAGGGGGAACUGAAGACCCAGGAAACACAAACACUGCGGGCCGACGUCAAGGUCAAGCUAGAGCCCGGGUUAGCCGAGUCUGGGGGGAACCUGCGGCCACCGUCCCUCCUCCUCCUCACCGGGUCGGACCCCGGCUACCGCGUCCCUGGUCAGACAAGACCAAGGAGCCGACGGAGGCCCGGGUACAGACCAGCCGGUCCCCCGCCAACACUGUUACCUCCGGCCCACCCCAGGCAGAUCCGGCCCCCUCCAGACCGCCUUCCGGCAAGGACCCCCACGGAGACCGGAAGAUAAAGUCGGAGCCCGUCACCACUCCCUGCUCCCGGGCCGCGGGUCCUAGCGGGUUGACUCCCGAGGGGUCAGGGGGCCCCGGUGUUCCCCGGGGGCCGGGCGCGCUCGGUCCAACAGCUCCGAGGAGGGCGGGCCGGACCAGGGGGAGAGACCGCGCCUCCUCGGGCCAGGAGGAAGGAGGCGAGGAGGGGAGAAAGGAGAGGGAGAAGGAGAGGGAGGAGAGGAAGGAGAGGGAGAAGGAGAGGGAGGAGAGAGGAAGGAGAGGGAGAGGCGCUCCAGGAGGUCCAGAUCCAGGGACAGGAGGAGGCCCCGCUCCUCCUCCGGGAGCUCCCGGUCUGACUCGUCCUCCUCGCGCAGGAGGAAAGAGGAGGAGGCCCCGAUCAGGUUCCAGGUCUGGGUCCCUCUCAAGCAGCCGAGAACCUCCCAGCGCCAAGAUGGACAAGCCGGGCGGUAGCAGGGAGCGGCACGCGGAGGCCAGAGGGGAGGGCAGAGGAGGGGGUGUUCCGGGUCCAAUGGACCGCUCCAGGGAGAAGGAGCCAAGGAAGAACCAGCGAUCGCCACCCAAGCCCUCGUCCUCCAGCUCUCGGGACCGAGAGAAGACCGGCUCCAAGGACAAGAGGAGACCGCGGUCCAGGUCUCGCUCCAGGGAGCGGCGAAAAGAAGACGAGGCGUCUUCGAAGAGCACCUCCAAAGCAUCGGGCUCGGCCACUUCUUCCUCCAAGGAAGCGAGGAAAGUGAAAGACGAGGAGAAGAAGGAAACAACUCCAAGCCGCCCCCAUGAGGUUAAAGACGACAAAAGGGAAACCACGAAACCCAUCGCUAAGAAGGAAAGCCAAACGUCCAGCUUCGAGUUCAAGAGGGAAAGCAAAGACCCGGAUUUCGACGGCGACAGCGUGACGGCGGCAACGGCAGACAAAGUUCCCCAGUCCUCGAUAGAUGUUAAAACGGAGACACCAGGCGAAGCCUCGCCCGGCCCGCGGCCGAUCGAGCGGGAGCAGACCACGGUGGAGAUGUGCUGUCAGACGGAUGUGAAGGGCAUGCUCAGGGCGGAGGACAUCAAGAAGGAACCCCUGAUGCACAUCAAAGAGGAGCCGUGCGACUUCUGGUCGUCCGAGCCCUCGGAUGCGGCGAACACCGGCCCGCAGGCCGCCUCGCCGCCGCCUAGCCCGCCGUCCCCUCCUCCUAGCCCGCCGUCCCCUCCCUUGAGCCCCGCGCCAACGCCUUCGUCUUCUACUGUCUUUCCUGCCGUCACCGUGGUAACAUGCCCACCUCAGAGUGUCGCCCUGCAAGUGCCUGCGGAGCCCGCGCCCGCCAUGGUGAAGCAGGAGGUGGUGGAGCGACCCUGCUCCUCCUCCGAUGAGGACUUCAAUGUGAACUCCUUGUUGGACAACCUGGGACUGUUGGGGUCGGAGGGCAGGAGGGAGCAGCAGGGAGCCAGCGGGCCGCUCAAGCAGCAGCAGCGGCAGGAGGUGGUGGUGGUCAAGGUGGAGCCUGGGCUGGGGCUAAUGGUGGAGCCAGGGCUGGGGGUGAUGCCGGACCCUGGGCUGGGGCUCAAGGUGGAGCCAGGGCUGGGGGUGAAGGUCAAGGUGGAGCCAGGGCUGGGGCUGGGGUUGAAGGUCAAGGUGGAGCCUGGGCUGGAGGUGGUGGAGGAGCGGGAGGCGGACGAGGUGCAGGGCGAGUGUCAGCAGGCACCCACUCCGGCCCCCGUGGCGGUCAAAUCGAAAUCCCAGGGGAAGCGGGUGACCUGGAACAUCGAGGUGCCGGAGGGACCGCAGCCGGAGAAAUCGGCCAGCAAGCUGGCCCUGUACAAGCUCAAGCUGAAGCAGGAAGGUGCUCGGAGACCAGCCAAUAAGGUAAGCACACGCCACAAACACAGUGACACGGUGCACCCACUUCAAACGGCCACUAGGUGUCACGUGUCUCCCUAAUCAGUAUGAUCUGACAUGCUUGCUGCAUGAUACUAUGCUGGGCACAAUAGACAAUGGAUUUCUUAGGAAAGCACCAAGUUUCUCAGACUGUCGAUCUUGUCGUACCUGUCCAAACCUGUUAAUGGCUGCUAAUGGGGGGGAAAGGGUGCGUCAGCUGUUAUUAAUCACGCAAUAACAAUCACAAACCGAUGGCAAUAAGAUCAAAAUAGUAGGGCUAAGAUACACAACAGAAAUGUAGGUAUUGCCCAUAUCCAUCUGAAGAUACAAAUGUGUAGAAAUUGUGGAAACAACACAUCAGGAUUAAACGGUCCUGAAAUAUUGCCUGGGUCUUAAAAAAUAUUUUUAAAGUCGUUUUUAAAAGUUGUAAGCAUAGACUUGUGUAUAAUAUGGCCAUAGUGUCUUGGGUGUCAACCACUGGUUUACAGCCCCCUGUUUUGAAGGAUUUUGAUAGAUUUCUGCUUGUCACUGUGGUCAUUUGAGAUUUACCAGCAUAGGAAAAGAUCCAUAUUUGGCACAUUGAGGGCAGGAAUUGAAAAUGCUGCCUGGCAGUACAAAACUCAUUAGAUAAGUUUUGAAUGGAAUCCAACUGUCAAAUGGCUCCAUUAAAAACCCAUUAUAUCAGAUGAACUCAUCCCUGAGAUCCGAAGCAAGCAGAGAUACAAUAUACUGCUUUCAUAUUCCAAGAACGAAACCACCUUAACUUCCCUUGACUUAAUAUGGUCAUGGGUCGCUCCCCAUCCGACCAGAUCAGUGAACCACCGUUUCCUGGAAUAUCUGCCUGUAGGGGCUCCCCUUACAGGCGGCAUCUGAUUGGUUCAGAAGCAGCCGUUCAUGUGUGCGGUUCUAACUUUCUUUAGCUCUUCAUUUCUGCCGUUCUUAAGGCUUUUGGGUAGCCUGAUUGGAAAGCUGUCGUUCCCCCCUGUUUAUACUAACAGCUGGUGGCACUGUUCCUGUUUUUUAAAUCCUAUUUUAACACCGGCGGUGUUCACCGUUCCACAUCCGUUCAUGUAUAUCAGUGAUUCUUCAAGUCACCCAGCUGAGGAUGCUAUUAAUGACUCCUAGUUGUUGUUUCAAAUACAUAUGUGAGGAACAACCUUAAAAUAUGAAAUUACUAGAGCUGUCAAGCGAUUAAAAUAUUUAAUCGCAUUAAUGUCAUAGUUAACUCACGAUU